GAAAGUUUAAAAUAUUGGGGAAUAAGAAUCAAUGAAGUGGUUGUCGUCUCAUCUUCCUCCACCGACCUCAACCAGCCAGAACAGGAGGGGUUCAUCUUCCAACUUCAUCGCCCAUGGAGACCAACGCAUCAGAAACCGCAGGAAAACCCAUAAAAUGCAGAGCUGCAGUAUGCAGAAGAGCAGGAGAGCCACUGGUGAUGGAGGAGAUACAGGUGGACCCGCCGAAGGCAUGGGAGGUUCGCAUCAAGAUCAUCUGCACCUCCAUUUGCCACACCGACGUCACUUUUUGGAAGAUGGAUUCGGGUCCACUUGCUGUUUUCCCGAGGAUCUUGGGUCACGAAGCCGUUGGGGUGGUUGAGAGUGUGGGUGAGAAGGUGGAGGAGGUGAAGGCAGGGGACACGGUGUUGCCUGUGUUCUCUCCCAACUGCGAGAAGUGCAGAGAUUGCAAGUCCGCCAAGAGCAACAGCUGCUCCGUUUUCGCGAACCGGCCUCCCAGUCUAGGGAUGCAGAGGGACGGGACCGGCAGGUUUAGCGGGGCAAAGGAUGGGGAGGCCUUACAUCACUUCUUGGGAGUGUCCAGCUUCACGGAGUACACGGUGGUGGACGUGGUUCACGUUGUCAAGAUCAGCUCCCCCAUCCCCGUCGACCGGGCCUGCCUCCUCAGCUGCGGUGUCUCCACGGGAGUAGGAGGUGCAUGGAAGGUGGCCGACAUAGAACAAGGCUCCUCCGUCGUCAUCUUUGGUCUUGGAGUGGUGGGACUUGCGGUAGCAGAAGGCGCAAGGCUGAGAGGAGCUUCGAAGAUCGUAGGAGUGGACUUGAAUCCUGACAAGUUCGAAAUAGGAAAGAAGUUCGGGAUCACCGAUUUUGUCAACCCUGAGGCUUGUGGAGAGAAGCCAAUCAGUGAGAUGAUCAAAGAAAUAACGGAUGGGGGUGCAGAUUACAGCUUCGAAUGCGUCGGAUUGGCUUCAGUGAUGGCGGACGCCUUCAACAGCAGCCGAGAGGGCGGAGGUAAGACGGUAAUACUCGGGGUGGAGAUGCGAGGGGCACCGCUGAGCCUGGGCUCCUACGAGAUCAUGAAAGGCCGGACGGUGAUCGGCUCCUUCUUCGGCGGCCUGAAACCCAAAUCCGACCUCCCUCUCCUCGCUCAGAAGUACCUGGAUCAGGAGCUCAACUUGGAUGACUUCAUAACGCAGGAGGUGAGCUUCCAGGACAUCAACCAGGCUCUGGAUUUGCUGCUUCAUGGGAAAAGCCUCCGCUGCAUCAUAUGGAUGGAUAGAUAGUUUGCCACUUUCAUUCGUCACGGCGAUGUCGAAUGAAAUCAUUUCCACAUGUAACACAUACGAUCGAUUCGUGCAUUCGAUUUCGAUAUUUAUUGUUGUA